CCCGACUACGACGAGGUCGAAUCGCCAUGCCUGACCUCGGGCAACGCUCUGGCUCGCUUCGAGUUCGAGCGACCGGCUGGCGACAAGGCGGGCACAAAGAUCUUGAUGGUCGAGUGGGAGGACGACGAGCAGACCAACAAAGUCCCCGGCCAGUGGUCCGUCAGCUGGGAAGCUAAGCGUGCCGCCGUCCUCGGUGCCAACACUGCUGACGGCAAGAGAGAUGGCUUGCAUCGACUGUACUUUUUGCUGUCCGUCGCUGAGCGUGUGCCUGCCACCGUCACGCUCAGCCUACAACCUGAUGAUCAAGAGCUGGAGAACAUAGUCUGGCGUACGCAUCCAUUGCCCGCCAUCUUCCCGCCUGAGCUGGGAGCUUCGGCCCGUCAGGCCGGCAAGAAGGGUGUUUUGCAUACUGUCUGGGCCAAGAAGCGAUUACAAGUGCUCAAGCAGGAGAUCCAACACGAGGAACAGCACAAUCCCGAGGGCGUUGCUCUGUCCAUGGCCAUGCAGGAGCGCGACUGGAUAGAGUCGAAUUUCGGCGUCCGCACCAAACCCGCUGGCCUCAAGAUCGCCACCUCGGCCUCCAACUCCAUCGACCUCGGUCUGCCCAGUCCGGCAAGCCCACGCAGUCCUGGUCGAGGACCUCUGCUAGAGAAGCUCAAAGGCCUCAAACUCAACACCGAAGCCUCUACCUCGACCCUUGACUCAAAUCCCCUGAGUCCUGAAGGUUCCGACGUCGCUGUAAACUUCAACACUUUUGCCGCUUUGCACGGAUUACCCAACCCUAGCACUCUUUCCGCCAAACCAGCUCAACAACCGCGCGUCCACACUCAACCCACCACUGUCCCAGUCUUACGUAGAAUAGCACCGCAAUUACCGCCUGACCAUGUGCUUGCACAACAACGACAAAAUAGCAUGGCUUCGCUGAAUGCACUCGCUGUUAAUGAAGAUCCUGUUGACUUCAAGGCUGCUCCAUCAACUACUGCUUCCGCAGUGGAGAGGAGUGACUCUGCUGCUGAUGAGGAUGAUUUGUUUGCGUUGCCCUUGAGUCCGAGGAGUCCGGCUAAUCAAGGCACCGGAGGGUCUUCGUUUUCUUUCGCUGCUGAUCAUGUUGCUCGGUAU